CCCGUCCAUCAGGUCUUAACCCUUAUUUGAACCGUAAAUUAAAAAUAUAAGCCCAAUAGAAAGCUCUGAUAGGCUUUGCCAAUGGUAACAAUGUAAAAGAAUCUUCUAAAACCUGUAAGUUAACGAAGUAUGGCCUACCCGAGUUGUUGAUCAAGCUGAUUUUUGUUUCUUCACUUCGUCCUGAUGAUUUACAUUUUAUUAACGGGUUAGAUGAAAGAAACACAUCAUGGCGGCCCCACAAGCAGGCUUAUGGUUGGCAUCCUAUCCCCAUUGUUCCAUCGGGUGUGGCCCACCUGAGCUGUGGGCCUGGCGAUUUGUUUAAUUAAAAUUCUAGAGUUGAGGAUAGAACCUGAUGGAUGGAGUGGAUUUUACAUAUUCAAACAGUGUGGGUCCUACAGAGCUGGAGCUGCGUAAAAACAGGAGUUGUAGAUGAUUCCGGUACAUCAUCUCUUUGAGCUCGUCUUUUUCCUCGUUUCAUCCGUCUCAUGCAAACGCAACAAUAACAAAGAUGGCACUCAGCUCCUAUUCGGUGCGAGCUCCUUCCACAAGACGGGUUCAAAGAAGUUGCAGCAACAACGUUUCUUACGCCGAGAACGUUCUCUCGAGCAUUUAUUCAAACAGAAGCACUACAUGCCAGAAAAGACCCUCCUUUCGCAUCUCCGCUGACUUGAAAGCUCGCUUCGUUGCCAAGCGUUCGGAAAUGAUCUCUGUCCAGCAACUCCAGCGCCCUCUUGCUGAAUAUAUGAGCUUGCCUGCUAGCCAGUACUCGGUGUUGGACGGAGAGCGCAUCGAACGUGUGAGUGAGAACACGUUCCGAUGCUAUUUGCACAGGUUGAAUUUCUUCUCUUUGGAACUUUCCCCAGUCCUUGUGGUUAGAGUGGAAGAAGAGUCCAAUGGCUGCUGCAUUCGCCUCUUGUCUUGCAAGUUGGAGGGUUCACCGAUUGUUGUUGCUCAGAACGAUAAGUUCUCUGCUUCAAUGGUGAAUAAACUAUCUUGCAGUUCCGAUCUGGGCAACUCAUCAGUGCAGCAGCUCACUUCAGAUGCAGCUAUUGAGGUUGUUAUUGAUAUUCCUUCUGCGUUUCAAGUAAUACCGGUGAAAGUGAUUGAAUCAACUGGGACCCAAGUUCUUGAACAACUUCUAAAGAUAGUGCUUCCACGAUUUUUGACUCAGGCCCAGACAUGUUCACAGUGGCCUCGAUCAAGUUACAGAUGGGUGAAAAAUGGGUCAGGCAUAGCCCGUGCAAAUUUUGAAUAUUGAAAUUUUACCCUGCCUUUAAAUGUUGUUAGUUUAUUAACUGGAUGAGUGGCAUAGUUGCAUACACUGUAGAUGGCAUUGCAUGUGUCCUUUCUUCUACUCAUUUUACUUUAUUACGUUCUGUUCAGCAACUCUGUAUUCUCGGAUGCAAAAUACAUAUGCUAUUGAGACAUUUGGAUGCAAAAUCUAAUUGCAAAUAUUCAGUUUAAUCAAGAGGAAAAUGACAAAAGACUGAUGUUUCCUAAAAUUCUUAAUGAGGAAGUAUCCCUCAAAUUGCAGUUACAUUUAUUUCAAGCUUGGCCUUAAAGUAACUCAAUUGCAAUUUUGCUUCCAUGCCCUCAAUGCGAAUACUCAGAAGCUGGAAUUCGGUUAUUUUCUCUUCAUCGAACUAAUAAUUGCAGUUUAAUUCCAUAUAGCAUCCAAACAGACCCUAAGAGUAGUUUUUGACUUGUCAUUUUGACCAUUUACUGUUGUUCUUGAAUGAUU